ACUACGCUUUUGUUUUGUCUCGCAGAUGGGAUAUCCCACUGGGAUAGCAGUUGGGUCGGGUCCCUCGAUCUCGCCCUCUUAGUUUCCUUUUUCCCUUUUUGGUGGUACCCUCGAUCUCACUCCACAUAUUUUUUUUGUUUUUUUUUAACUUUAUUGCAUGCAUCCAUGCUAGCAAUCAAAUUUAUGAUGAUCUCGACCCCUACCCCAAGUCCUGACUCCUUAGCCAAAGGUACGGAACCCUACGCCUCGGCACCCAGUUCUUGUUUCGGUCUCUCAGUUGGUACUCUUCCUGCUGUCACCGUUAAUAUGGUAUGAUCCUCGCAGUGACGCCCGUGGGUACAGGCAGCAACACGUGAAGGCUUCUUUUGGAGAAAUCCAAGCCCGGAGCCUGGGUUUGCUAGAAAGGAGAAGAGAAAUAAGAGGUGACUAAAUAGCAAUAUGGAGGAGAACAUGAGGCAGCCUCUCCUUCCAGGCUCGUCUCAGCAAUCUCUUGAUCAAUCCCUCAUCAGACGCAUGUAUGUUGGCCACUUCCUUGCCAGAUGGGGAGCCAGAAUGUGGGAAUUCUCUGUUGGUUUAUACAUGAUAAACAUAUGGCCAGACUCUUUGCUCUUCACUGCUGUCUAUGGUGUUGUUGAGUCUGCCUCUACAGCAUUAUUUGGUCCAAUUGUUGGGGCAUGGGUGGACAGAUUGACCUACUUGCAGGUUCUCCGACUUUGGCUGUUGACCCAAAGUCUCUCAUUUAUGGUUGCUGGAGGGUCAGUGACUGCACUACUGAUAUACCAUCAUCUGAUGUCCACCACAUUUGGGACAUUUAUGCUACUGGUUUUUAUAACCAAUAUUUCUGGAGCAAUUGGGGUACUGUCAACUCUUGCUGGCACUAUAUUGAUAGAAAGAGAAUGGGUAGUUGUGAUGUCCAAUGGACAACCUCCAGAAGUAUUGACAAAGAUGAACUCGGUCAUUCGAAGAAUUGAUUUAGUCUGUAAAUUACUUGCCCCUGUUUUCACUGGCUUCAUCAUUAGCUUUAUUUCGUUGAAAGCAUCGGCGGUGAUCUUGGCACUAUGGAAUACAACGUCAGUCUGGUUACAGUAUUGGCUUCUGAAAUCUGUAUACAAUGGUAUUCCUGCUCUUAAUGAAAGCAGUCAAAGGGGGAACCUGAAACUAAUUCCUAGUGAUCCUUGGAACAAUUCAUCUAUUAUCGAGGUGAAUGAGAGCUCAAUUUGCCCUGACCGAAGAAAUAUAGAGACAGAAGCACCUGCAUGGAAAAUGAGGAUAAUUGAGAAACUAUCAAUACUUCCCUGCUUCGAUGCUUGGAUAGUCUAUGCAAAGCAGGAAGUGGUGCUUCCAGGAAUAGCUUUGGCUUUGCUUUAUUUUACUGUGCUAAGCUUUGGAACAUUGAUGACAGCCACGUUGGAAUGGAAAGGUAUCCCUGCUUAUGUUAUUGGUCUAGCGCGUGGGAUAAGCGCUAUUGUAGGAAUAGCAGCAACAGUAGUGUAUCCAGUUCUACAUUCACAUCUUUCAACACUAAGGACUGGCUUAUGGUCUGUAUGGACUCAGUGGUGCUGCUUGUUGAUUUGCGUUGCUUCCAUCUGGGUUCGGAACGGCAUAACUUCGGCAUGGAUGCUAAUGGGUGGAGUUGCAGCAUCACGUCUUGGAUUAUGGAUGUUUGAUUUAGCUGUUAUACAACAUAUGCAGGAUCAUGUUCCCGAAUCUGAUCGCUGCAUUGUUGGAGGGGUCCAAAACUCGCUUCAAUCUAUGCUGGACUUGCUGACUUACAUCAUGGGUAUAAUUGUUUCAGACCCAAAAGACUUUGGACAGCUGGUGCUCAUGUCAUUUUUGUUAGUAACAUCAUCUGCAGUCUUGUAUACCAUCCACAUAUAUCGUGUUCGAAAACAUCUCUUUCACUUCGACAAGCUGCUCACAAAGAUCAAUUGGUGGGUAAAUCCUCUUUAAUUAUCUCGAAGAAAUGGCUAUUCCCAUCUGUGUAUAUUGCCACAAUGUUAUUGCUGGAGCAAUAGCAAGCCACGUAUCAUGCAUGUCAUUUACUUUUUAUUGAACCAUUCAACAGAGGAACAGUUUUGUGGCUCGAAAGCUUUGCGAGUAUGAAGUCAACUCGACUUUCUUAAGAUGCCAUUGAAAAGAUUUUGACUGCGAAUUAA